AUGGCUGACAUCGCAUCGCAACCUGUUGCCAACUGGGCGGACUCUGAGAAUGAAUUACCGGUGCCAGUCAUCACCAAGAACGCCGACGGCACCAAGACUGUGGUGUCGUUCCGCGUGGGGCCAGACGGCAAGAAGUACAAAGUCAUACAGAAGGUCAGAGAGACCAUAGUCAAGGAGACCGUGCAUCCAGCGGUCGCCGCGCGCAAGCAGUGGACGAAGUUCGGCGAGGAGAGAGAUUCCGCGCCGGGCCCAGACAUGAGAACCACCCAGAUCGGCGAGGACGUGCAGUUGAACCUCGGGACCGCGUGGAAGGACUUGGAGAAGGAGGCAGAGGAGAAGAAGGCAGAGGAAAGCGCCAAGAACGCAACUACACAGAGAAUCAAGUGUCGUACCUGUGGCGGGGACCAUUUCACGUCCAAAUGUCCAUUCAAGGAUACGCUCGGCGUGGACUCCGAGGCCAACGCGGCCGCGCCGUCCGCGACACCGGAGCCAGAGGCGAACAGCAGUGUGUUCGUGCCACCGCAUCUCAGAAACAGGAAGCCAGGCGAUGCGCCAGCUGUGGGCAGAGGCUACGAAGACAGAGACGACUCCACCACCUUGAGAAUUACGCAGUUGAACGAGAUUGUCGAUGAGGACACGUUGAGAGACGAGUUGUUGCGUCCUUUCAUGUUGAAGAGAGUCACCGUUGUCAAGGACAGAAUGACCGGUAGAUCCAAGGGUGUUGCCUACGUGUCCUUCAUGUCGGUUGACCAGGCCCAGGCUGCGAUUGACAGAUUCGACGGUAAGGGUUACCACAACUUGAUUAUCCACUUGGAGUUCUCCAAGCCAAAGAAAUAG